UACAACCUGACCGUAGUCGUCUCUGACACCCUCUUUGAGAACAGCACCCAGGUGCUGAUCAUCGUCAAGGACGUGAACGACCUGCCGCCCAAGUUUGAGCAGAGCUCCUACGAGACGACCAUUUACGAAGAGGACGACCGCCACCUGCCCAAGACCAUUCUUCAGGUCACCGCCACCGACGGCGAUCGAGACCGCCCGCAGGAGAUCGUCUACUUCCUCACCGGCCAGGGCAUCGACGACAAGAAUGCGCAGAACAGCAAGUUCAGCAUCAACUCGACGACGGGCGAGAUUUACGUGCGGAAGCCGCUCGAUCGAGAUCUGCCCACCGGACGCUCUCAGUGGCGGUUUACCGUUUUUGCCGAGGACGAGGGCGGCAAUGGCCUGGUCGGUUACGCUGAUGUGCUGGUCAACCUGAGAGAUAUUAACGAUAAUGCGCCCUUCUUCCCGCAACCGCGCUACGAGGGCAACGUCACCGAGAACGGCACCGCCGACAUGACCGUCAUGACGAUGUCCGCCAUCGACUACGACGACCCGGCGGAGGGCAGCAACGCCAAGCUGAAGUACGCCAUUGAGCAGAACCAGGUGAACGAGCACGGCCAGCUGAUCUUCAAGAUUGACGAGGACACGGGCACGAUCAGCACGCUGGUCUGCUGCCUCGACCGAGAGCAGAAUCCAGAGUAUACGAUCAAGGUGGUGGCCACUGAUGGCGGCGGGCUGAAGGGCACCGGGACGGCCACUAUCAAGAUCAAGGACAUCAACGACCAGAAACCGGAGUUCACCAAGAAGGAGUGGAACGUCGAGGUGGACGAGACGGAGGGCGACCUGCUGCCGGAGACGCCGAUCCUCGUCGUCUCCGUCAACGACCAGGACCUGCUGGAGACGAAUCGCUUCAGCUACAAGGUCAUCGAGACCAGCCCCGGCGCGGACAAGUUCACCAUGGUCACCAACUCCGACGGAACCGGUUCGCUGAAGGUGGCCAAGCCGCUGGACUAUGAAGAUCCGGCGCAGCGGUACGGCUUCAAUAUUACCAUUCAGGUGAGCGACAAUGGCGAGAGCACCAGCGACCCCUUCCACCUGGACUACGCGAAGGUGAACGUGCGGCUGAGGGACAUCAACGAUAAUAAGCCUGAAUUCGAGAAGCCCAACAUCGAGGUGACCGUCCAGGAGGACUCGAAGGUGGGCACGACGCUGGCCACCUUCAAGGCGCGGGACGCCGACCGCGGCGGCCUCUCCCGCGUCAGCUACGCCAUUGACCGCUCCUCCGACAAGAAGCGGCAGUUUACCAUCGCCCAGGACGGCACCGUGAAGAUUCAGCGAAUGCUCGACCGCGAGGAGACGCCCCGCCACCAGGUGAAGAUCCUCGCCGUCGACGACGGCAUUCCCUCGCGCACCUCCACCGCCACGCUCACCGUCGUCGUGGCGGACAUCAACGACAACGCCCCCCGCUUCCUCAAACCGUACCGCCCGGUGAUCAUGGAAAACUACCCGCCCACGAAGGUGGAGGAGAUCCUGGCCACCGACGACGACGACCGCAGCAAGGGCAACGGCCCCCCCUUUACCUUCCGCCUCUCCAAGGACGCCCCCGACUUCAUCAAGGAGUUCUUCGACGUGCAGCAGGACGUGAAGGGCGCCAACGGCGACGGCAUGGCCAUCGUCAGCUCGAAGAAGGAGUUUGACCGCGAGGUGCAGAAGGAGUACCUGGUGCCGAUUGUCAUCCGCGACGCCGGCUACCCCGCCAAGUCGGGCACCAGCACGCUGACGGUGAUCAUCGGCGACGCCAACGACAAUCGGAUGUACCCGGGCGCGAAGAACAUCUUCGUGUACAACUACCGCGGCCAGUCGCCGCCCACGCCCAUUGGUCGCGUCCACGUGGAGGACCUCGACGACUGGGACCUGCCGGACAAGAGCUUCUUCUGGGAAAAUAGCAUGGCCCACCCGCUCUUUGACCUGAACACCGAGGACGGCAUGCUGACGAUGAAGAAUGUGACCAACGGGGAGUACCACCUCCGCUUCACCGUCCUCGACCAGAAGCACACGCAGAAUGUGGUCAGUAAUGUGACGGUAACGGUGCGGGAGCUGCCCGAGGAGGCGGUCUACAACUCGGGCUCGAUCCGCGUGGCGGGCAUCACCGCGGAGGACUUUAUCCGCGUGUGGUUCCCCCUGCGGAACAAGCAGGAGAAGAGCAUGUACGAGAAGUUCAAGGACGUCCUCUCGCGCAUCCUCAAGGUGGACCGCGAGAAGGUGGACGUCUUCAGUCUGAUCACCCGCUCGGAGCGGCCCCCCGUCACGGACAUUCGCUUCGCCGCCCACGGCUCCCCCUACCUGAAGUCGGUCUUCCUCGACGGCGCCGUCACCCUCAACCGGAAGGUGAUUGAGCACCAGGUGGGCAUCAACAUCACCAUGGUCGGCAUCGACGAGUGCCUGGUGGAGAAUCUGAACUGCGAGUCGGCCAGCUGCACCAACGUCCUCGAGAUUCUGCCGCAGCCGAUUGUGGUGAACGCAAAUCGAACCUCCUUCGUCGGCGUGAACGUCGGCGUCAAGGCGAAGUGCGUCUGCGG